CUUUGAUGCCACUCCUCCCUCAGCCCUCUCCCUGAGUGGAGGGAGAGAGAGUGAACUGCAGGCAGGCAGACAGCACAGCUCUUUUGCCCCUACAUUCACCGAUGGAAACGUCCCGAGGUACGGGGUGGAGUUUGGCCCAAAAGCAAGACCCAAGUACACAGUUCAGGUUGAUUUGUGCAGGACUUAAUGAGCAGCCCGCCUCUGAUUGGCCCGAAGUUCUCAUGAGCAUCCAAUGGGAGGAAAGGCUGUGAUCGGGCUCUGUGGUAUAGGAUAAGAAGUCCUGAGGGUCCGGGGCCCCAGCCGUUCCUGCACGCCGUUGCUGCUGCUUCCAACUCUGUCCCCUGAGGCAGUCCCCGCGCGGUCAGACUGCCAGGUUUGCCAGCGGCCACUCCUACAGCCUCCGCCAUGGGCCUGGAGCUCUACCUGGACCUGAUGUCCCAGCCCUGCCGUGCUGUCUACAUCUUCGCCAAGAAGAACAACAUCCCCUUCCAGCUGCGUACCAUAGAGCUGCUCAAAGGCCAGCACUACACAGACGACUUUGCGCAGGUGAACCCCUUGAGGAAGGUGCCAGCUUUGAAGGAUGGGGACUUCAUCCUGGCAGAGAGUGUGGCCAUCUUGCUGUAUCUGAGUAGGAAGUACAAGGCCCCCGACCACUGGUACCCUCAGGACCUUCAGGCUCGAGCGCGAGUGGAUGAGUACCUGUCGUGGCAGCAUACAGCCCUUCGAGAUGGUUGCACCAGGGCCAUGUGGCAAAAGAUGAUGUUCCCUGUGUACCUGGGACAGCCGGUCCCCCCAGAGAUGUUGGCAUCCACUUUGGCUGAACUGGACAGAUGCCUGCAGAUGCUGGAGGACAAGUUCUUGCGGGACCAGGCCUUCCUUACAGGAUCCCACAUCUCUGUGGCUGACUUGAUGGCCAUCACAGAGCUGAUGCAUCCCGUCAGUGCUGGCUGCAAAAUCUUCGAGAGCCGACCCAAACUGGCGGCAUGGCGUCAGCGUGUGGAAGCUGCGGUGGGGGAGAACCUCUUCCAGGAGGCCCAUGCGGUUGUCCUGAAGGCCAAGGAUUUGCCUCCACUGAAGGACCCCACCUUGAGGGAGAAACUGAAGCUCUCGGUGCAGUGCUUGUUUCACUGAGGGAGUAGCCUGAACCCGUGGCACCGUCAAGGGAAACGCUGGGUUAUGGAAUUGAAGAGAUGAGGCAGAAUGUCUCUUUGGCUGCCACCGGGACAUGGAGUCUCUGGUCCACCGUUUCCUUCAGACAGUGAUGUGCUCCUUCUGUGUCCCCAACUCGCUUUGUGCUGUGGCAUUAGCUUUUACCUGACCUCUGGAGAGAGCUGCAGGCAAACACUGGGGAACUGCUUACCAGGCCAUGCUCCUCUUCUGAAACUUUACAAACCAUUGAACGUGUAACCUUGCCCCACCACCCUCCAAGCCAUACCUUUCUGACUGCAUUCAUUUUAGGCCCUCUCCUGCUCUCACAUGGACACACGCAUGCUGCCCCCCCCCGUCCCCUCCCCCCUCGCCCUCCCUGUGCCCCUGUGUUCUUUGCCUAGUGCUCUUCUUGUAUUUUUUGACAUUUGGCACCGUGUGACCCCUCCGGGCUCCCCAUUCCCUGUCCUUCCCUUCCUCAGUUUUAGCAGGCAGGAUCUGUGACCCCUGGGUUGAGCACAUGUCACAGAUGGAGAGUGUCUAGGGAAAGGCCUUUGUCCUCUGGGUCUUUCUCUUCCCUCUGGGGUGAUGCUGCCUGCCAUAGAUGGGGUGCAGGCCUGGUUCAUGAUGUUCCUUGCAGGGGUGGAAGUUUCUGGCAAUGUCCUGACUUUCCACAUGCUGCCAAGCAGUGUUGCUUGCUCCAAGUCUUCUAACCCUGACUGCUGUCUUCUCCAGAUUGUCAAGCUACUUAAUCUUGUGCCGUAGGGCCUCUGGUAUGUGCAUUACCUAAUAAAUAAAUUGGUAGACAAGAGUGA